CCCUGCUGCUCGAAGCCCGCUUCACUCCCGCACGCGGACCUCCCGGCUGCCGUCCUGCCUCCUUGGACUCCUCCGUGGUUCCUGGUCCAGCUCCCUCAGCCCUUCGCCUCCUCACCUCGGUUAGGGGAUCCGCGAGGGCCGGGUCCCACGACGUAUCUCAGGAGACGCCCUUUCCCUGUGCGCCCAGGACUUGGUGAAACUUCGCAGGCGCCCGCGGUGAAAUGGAUUUAACCCGAGGAGUCUUGCUCCGGCUCUUGCUCCUGGCUUCCAGCCUCGCACCCGGCGCUGUGCCGCUCAGAGCAGCUCUCAGAAAACCAGGCAAGGUGGGGCCGCCUCUUGAUAUCAUGCUGGAGGCACUGAACUGUACAGCUUUCAGCAUCCAGUGGAAGAUGCCAAGGCAUCCUGGGAGCCCCAUCAUGGGGUAUACUGUCUUUUACUCUGAGGUCGGCGUAGAUAAAUCCCUGCAGGAGCGGUCCCACGGUGUGCCACUCGGCCUGGAUACCCUGACCACAGGACGAUUGGAUCAUCAGAUGAUUUUUGAGGAAGUGAUCGGAGAUUUGAAACCAGGCACUGAAUACCGAGUAAGCGUGGCAGCUUACAGCCAGACUGGCAAAGGGCGGCUUAGCUCUCCUCGGCACAUUACCACUUUGCUCCAAGAUUCCUGCCUGCUUCCAGUAGCACCUCAGCAGCUGCACGUCACUGUGGUUUCUGAUUCCGAGGUGGCCCUAUCUUGGAAACCUGGAGAGAGCGAAGGAAGCUCCCCUAUUCAGUACUAUUCUGUGGAAUUCAUCAGGCCAGAUUUUGACAAGAGUUGGACCUUAAUCCAAGAGCAGCUCCAGAUGGAUUUCAUGGUUAUCAAGGGCCUCGAUCCGGACACCAACUACCAGUUUGCCGUGAGGGCCGUGAAUCCCAAUGGUCUCAGCCCCCGUAGCCAGCCCAGCGACACCAUCCGAACCGCCCGCCCCGAGGAAUCAGGAAGUGGGAGCUAUGGACCCCAUUAUAUAACCGACACAGAAGUCAGCGAGGAUGAUGACGCAUAUGAAGACGACUUAGAUUUGGAUAUUUCCUUUGAGGAGGUUAAACCUCUUCCUGCUAUCAAAGAAGGGAAUAAGAAAUUUUGGGUGGAAUCCAAGAUGGCGCCCAGAUCGAACCCAAUGACCAUUUCUAGGCUUGUCCCCCCUACCCCAGCAUCUCUCCCCAUGACUGAGGUAGCUCCUCAGCCCACUCCAGUGGAGAGGAAAGGGAAGAAUGGUGUGGCUAUGAUGCCAAGGCUUUUUGACGUGUCUUGUGAUGAAACUCUCUGCUCUGCUGACAGCUUUUGUGUCAAUGACUACACCUGGGGGGGCUCUCGAUGCCACUGCAACCUGGGCAAAGGUGGUGAGAGCUGCUCAGAAGAUAUUGUUAUACAGUAUCCUCAGUUCUUUGGCCACUCCUAUGUAACCUUUGAACCUUUGAAGAACUCUUAUCAGGCAUUUCAAAUUACUCUUGAAUUUAGGGCAGAGGCGGAGGAUGGCUUACUGCUCUACUGCGGGGAGACUGAGCACGGGAGGGGGGAUUUCAUGUCCCUGGCUGUCAUCCAGCGCUCACUCCAGUUCAGGUUUAACUGUGGAACUGGGGUUGCCAUCAUCGUAAGUGAGACCAAAAUCAAACUAGGGGGCUGGCACACGGUUACGCUCUUCAGAGAUGGGCUGAACGGGCUGCUGCAGCUGAACAACGGCACCCCGGUGACAGGCCAGUCCCAGGGCCAGUACAGUAAAAUUACCUUCCGGACGCCUCUCUAUCUUGGUGGGGCUCCCCGUGCUUACUGGUUGGUGAGAGCAACAGGGACAAACCAAGGCUUUCAAGGCUGUGUACAGUCACUCACUGUUAAUGGGAAGAGAAUGGACUUGAGGCCCUGGCCGCUGGGGAAGGCACUCAGCGGGGCUGAUGUGGGGGAAUGCAGCAGUGGAAUCUGUGAUGAAGCCUCCUGCAUCAAUGGUGGCACCUGCACAGCAAGCAAAGCCGACUCCUACAUUUGCCUCUGUCCCCUGGGAUUUAGAGGUCGACACUGUGAAGACGCUUUCACCUUGACCGUUCCUCAGUUCAGAGAGUCCCUGAGGUCCUACGCUGCAACACCCUGGCCACUCGAGCCCAGGCAUUACCUUUCCUUCAUGGAGUUUGAGAUCACGUUUUGGCCUGACUCAGAUGACGGCGUCCUCCUGUACAGCUAUGACACGGACAGCAAAGACUUCCUGUCUAUCAACAUGGCAGGGGGCCACGUGGAGUUCCGCUUUGACUGCGGCUCUGGGACUGGUGUUCUCAGGAGUGAAGAGCCCCUCACCCUGGGUCACUGGCACGAGCUGCACGUGUCUCGCACAGCGAAGAAUGGUAUCUUACAGGUGGAUACGCAGAAGGUAGUGGAGGGAAUGGCAGAGGGAGGCUUCACCCAGAUUAAGUGCAACUCGGACAUUUUCAUUGGUGGGGUCCCCAAUUAUGAUGACGUGAAGAAGAAGUCAGGCAUCCUCAAGCCGUUCAGUGGGAGCAUCCAGAAGAUCAUCCUGAAUGACCGGACCAUCCACGUGAAGCAUGACUUCACGUGGGGCGUGAACGUGGAGAAUGCAGCCCACCCCUGCGUGGGAGCCCCCUGCGCCCACGGGGGCAGCUGCCGACCCAGGAAGGAGGGCUAUGAGUGUGACUGCCCCUUGGGCUUUGAGGGGCUGCACUGCCAGAAAGCCAUCACAGAAGCCAUUGAGAUCCCUCAGUUUAUUGGCCGCAGUUACCUGACAUAUGACCAUCCAGAUAUCCUCAAGAGGGUGUCAGGAUCCAGAUCAAAUGCAUUCAUGAGGUUUAAGACAACUGCCAAAGAUGGCCUGUUGAUGUGGAGGGGAGACAGCCCCAUGAGACCCAACAGUGAUUUCAUUUCCUUGGGCCUUCGGGAUGGAGCCCUGGUGUUCAGCUAUAACCUGGGCAGUGGUGUAGCAUCCAUCAUGGUGAACGGUUCAUUCAAUGACGGUCGGUGGCACCGAGUCAAGGCUGUUCGGGAUGGCCAGUCAGGAAAGAUAACUGUGGAUGACUAUGGGGCCAGAACAGGCAAGUCACCUGGCAUGAUGAGGCAGCUCAACAUCAAUGGAGCGCUGUAUGUGGGUGGAAUGAAGGAAAUUGCUCUGCACACUAACAGGCAGUACAUGCAAGGCCUCGUGGGCUGCAUUUCUCAUUUCACCUUGUCCACUGAUUACCACAUUUCCCUCGUGGAAGAUGCCGUGGAUGGGAAAAACAUCAACACUUGUGGAGCCAAGUAACAGCAGUUGGCUCUGCCCAAGGGACAGAACCUUCUAUCCUGAGAAUCCCGGGGGCCCCAAGACCUUGCCUGACACUACACACAGAGGCACGGGGACCAGGUGUGUUUCCUGUCAUCAAGGAGCAAGUACACCCUGAUGGGAAACUAGGACCGAGACAAGAGUCCCUGGGUGGCCUUUCCUGCUGACAUUCUGUGGGUCAAACCCAACGGAAUGCUCUGUGUAGGAAGCAUCGGACUUUGUCCAUUGAAUGUGUAGUGGCCGCCAGAGAUCACACAUCACGGCGAAUUUCCGAGCCUGUCUGCUGUAGCUCAAUGACUGUGUUGUGAUUCAUAGUUUGUAAGAAAAAAAAAAAAGAAAGAAAGGAAAAAAAAAAAAAGAGAGAGAGACCCAAAGGGCAGUAUUAAAAUACUUCUCUCCUCCCCUGACUCUUGACACUCUUACUGACAGCAGAAUGACUGUAAGACCUUGAACCUCAAAUUUCUCUACUUUGGUCCAUGAAUUACUAGGAUUAACCCCUUCCCCUCCUCAUUGGCUGGUUCAUUGUGCUCUGACUAUGAAAAUAAGGAUUAAGGGAGACUAGAGAUAGAAUCAUAAUUAUAAAGCUGCCCCCCCCCGAAAGUUUACCUUUAAUGAGAAAUCCGUACUUUUUAUAAUGCAAAUCUAAGAAAAUGGGCGCCAUGACUUUGUAGCUGUCCUUUUGUAUGUGUAUAUUUUUAUAGCUACAGAUUGUCCAUACAGUAUACUUUUGCAAGUUUGGGUGGACAGCCCGGAAUUCUUUGCACACUUCCUAAGAAUUUUCUCCCAAAGGAGACUUGUCUGGGCCCUUUGUGGCAUCAGCAGAGCAGGGUAGGUAACUUGGGGUGGGCACUUCGGGGAGCUGACGGUUCUCUCUCGGUAAAUGGUGACUCAAGGAGGUGACUGUGAAGCUUCCAGAAUAAGCAGAUGGAAAGGCACAUGUGUUACUGAGGUGGGUCACUGUCAUUCUGGUU